AUGUCUAUUGACCCAGAAACACGUAGAAAGUUGUUGCUUCUUCAGAAGAACGGCGACAACAAGAAGUGUGCCGACUGCGGUGCUCCUAACCCGCAAUGGGCCUCUCCCAAGUUUGGUAUCUUCAUCUGUUUGGAAUGUGCUGGUAUCCACAGAGGCUUGGGUGUGCACAUUUCGUUUGUCAGAUCCAUUACUAUGGACCAGUUCAAGCCUGAAGAGACGUUGAGAAUGGAAAAGGGCGGGAACGAAAAGAUCAAGACCUACUUCACUGCUAACGGUGUCGACUUGACUUUACCAGCUAAGGCUAAGUACGACAACUACGUAGCAGAAGACUACAAGGAGUUGUUGACCUGUGAAAUUGAAGGCAGGGAGUUCGUAGCCAAAGACCAUUCCGGCAAGACUUUGCCCACUUUGGACAACCUUUCCACAAGUAACAACUCUUCUGCCAGCAUAGCUCAGGAACAGAUCAGUUCCAGUAGAAACACCCCUGUUUUGCAAGGGGAACAGAAGCAGAAGAAUGAAGCGUAUUUCGCACAAUUGGGCUCCAAAAACGAUCUGAGACCAGACCACUUACCUCCUUCUCAGGGUGGAAAGUAUGGCGGUUUUGGAAAUACUCCUGCUCCCAAGCCUGCUGCUGGAGGUUCUCUCGCAGGCUUUACUCUUGACAACUUGCAAGCCGAUCCUCUUGGAACUUUUUCUAAGGGUUGGGGCUUGUUUUCGUCCACUGUGGCGAAGUCUGUCAACGAAGUGACCGAAACUGUCAUUAAGCCAGGUAUCUCGCAAUUGCAAGAAUCUGAUAUCACAAACGAAGCCAAAAGAGCCAUGGCUCAAUUCGGCCAGAAGAUGCAAGAAACAGGCAAAUACGGGUCCGAGACGUUUCAAACAUUCACCACUGAGGUCAACGAAAGAGGCUUAAACAAAACUGUAGAAGACAAGUUCGGCAAGCUCUUCAACAACUUGUCAAUUAACCAACAGGAAGAAAAGGUUCCUGCCGCAUUUGGAUUCUCCAAACCUCAGGAAAAGACUUCAUUGGGCAGUGUUAGUGGUGGAUCCAAAUUCGGAGGUGCUGCUAGCAAACACGAAGAUGACGACAAGUGGGAUGACUUCUAG